AUGGACGCCCGACAAGGCAAGAUGAGUGAGACGACGCCUCUACUACCAGGCAACAAUGAGAUAUCUCCCCGAUCGAAAUCGAGUCGGAAUGUCACUUUCAGCGACGACCCGGUAACGUUGACCAUCGAACCGGACGAGCUGCCGCCGCCGCGCUCGCUGCCCCAGCAGCAGCAGCAGCAGCAGCAGCAUCUCCAUGUCGCCGGCGCAGCACCAGCGGGGGCACAGCCAAUCCUGUCAGCCUUCAACAGCAAGCUCAGGAGGAGGAACAGCCACGGGACGUUGCCGGCGGCGAGCUCCCUGCCCCUGGUGGGCUCCAAGCUCGGCCCGCAACGCAGCACCAAGAAGACGGAGAAGCUCAAGCUCCUGCCCAACCCGGAGCUCGAGGCCGGCGGCUCCGACGACGAAGAAAACGGCCGGGACGUGUACUCGCAGCUGCCGCGGAUCAAGGACCCCAGCGCCCGCCGGGACGCCGCCAGGCUGGGCAAGGCCGACCGCGGCAGGCUGCCGCGCGUCACGGCCUACUGCACCGCCAACCGGGCAGGGGCCACCUAUGAGAGGAGACACUCGACUGGCGGCGACUCGGUGGACGAGAACAACAACAACAACAACAACAACAACAACAACAACAACAACAACAGCCAGCAGCAGCAGAUUCGCGAGAGCCUCAUCAAAAGCCAAGAUCAGCAGCAGUCGACGGGGGGAGAAGAAGGAGAAGGGGGAGGAGAAGGGGUCGGCGCGCCGGCCGAAGACGACAACGCCGAUGUCGAUGUCGGCCCCCUCAACGGCGGGGAGCUGCUGGGCCCUAGUAUCGUGGACGGCGUGGACGGCGUGGACGGCGGCGGCUCGGCCAUUGCGGUGAGCAUACCCGACUUUGACACGUCGGUGCACACGCCCGAGGCCUUUCUGUUCGACUACGGCGUCGUGGUUCUCUGGGGCAUGACGGAGUCGCAGGAGACGCGCUUCCUCAAGGAGAUCUCCAAGUUUGAGCUAGAGAAGCUGUCGCCCGACGACGUCGAGACGGAGCACUUUAACUUUUACUACACAAAGGAGUACCAGGCGCGUAUAUACAAUGAUUUCAUCACGCUGCGCGACAAGAACAAUUACAUGAUCAAGUUGGCUAUAUCGCAUGCUCUGGCUCAGAGUGUCAAGACUUCCCUCUUUGAGGAACUCAUCGCCUCAACAGUAGAGACAUGCAAGGACAUACCGACGCAAAUCGCCCUCACGGGAAAGAUUGACCUCAGCCGCUCCCAGAUCAACAUGCAGAUAGGCGAGCUCUUCAUCCUCCGCAUAAGCAUCCACCUCAACGGCUCCGUCCUCGACACCCCCGAGCUCUUCUGGGUAGAGCCCCAGCUCGAGCCGGUCUACCAGGCCGUCCGGAGCUAUCUGGAGAUGGACCAGCGUGUCGGCCUCCUCAACGAGCGCCUGGACGUCAUUGCCGAUCUACUGGCCGUGCUGAAGGAUCAGCUCAGUCACGGCCACGGUGAAAAGCUGGAAUGGAUUGUGAUUGUACUCAUCGCGGCGGAAAUCUUGGUGGCCUUUGUCAACAUUGUCGUUGAC